GCAAAUGACAUAUAUAAACAGAUCAUAAUAAAUUAAAACUCUUAAAUGAAUUAAAUUAUACAAAAUGCUUCAGUUCCUACGAGGCAUGCCCAAAAUCGAAUUGCAUGCCCAUCUAAAUGGCAGCUUGAAUAUUGGUAGCAUCCGCGAGUUAGCUGCGAAAGUUUACGGCGUGCAGACGAAAGAAUUUUCCGCAUUAUGCGAGCGUUUCAUCAAAUUCGAGAAGGGCGCCAAAUUAGACGAGUGCUUCGAAAAAUUUGGCCUCAUGCAUGAGCUGACAGCAACCAAAGAGGGUCUGGAGAGUGCUACCGAAUUGGUCAUACGUGAUUUUGCCAAGGAUAAUGUCAUAUACGUGGAGCUGCGCACCACGCCAAAGUCUAAUGAAAAUAUGUCCAGACGUUCUUAUCUGGACACCGUGCUGGGUGUUAUUAGGAAGACCAGCGAUCUGUAUAAUAUAAAGGUGAAACUGCUGCCGUCCAUAAAUCGUGCCGAGCCGGUGGACGUGGCUGAGGAAACUGUCGCCUUAGCUGUGGAACUAUCCGCAAUAGAACCAGAUAUUAUAGUUGGUAUUGAUUUUAGCGGUAAUCCAAAUCAGGGCAAAUUCAAGGACUUUAUGCCCGUAUUAAAUAAGGCUCGAAACCAUGGCCUGAAGCUGGCAAUGCACUGUGCGGAAGUGGAUAAUCCUUUGGAGAUUAGAGAGAUGCUUCGCUUUGGGAUGUCGCGCUGUGGUCACGGCACAUAUUUAUCUGCCUCUGGCUUUGAGUAUAUGAAGGAGGAAAAUAUACCCAUCGAAUGUUGUUUGACGAGCAACGUUAAGUCCGGAACUGUAGCCAACAUUGGGGUCCAUCAUCUCAAGCAGUUAAUGGAAGCAGACGCGCCUAAAGUUCUUUGUACUGAUGACAGCGGCGUAUUCGAUACGACAUUAACGGAUGAGUUCUUCUUGGCAACGGAAUCCUUUGGGUUGACUAGGAGUCAGUGCAUCGCGCUGACAAUGGAGGCGGUGGAGCAUGCAUUUGCAACCAGAGAAGAGAAACUUAUGUUGAAAAUGCAGAUUUAUUCCUAUACAAGGCGUCAGAAUAAAUAAAAUGUGUUCUACAAACUUAUAUUAUUAUAAUAUAGAAAUGCCAGCUAAAAACGGCUAAGCCUUUGGUUUCUC